GGUGUCCCCAUCAGAGUGUCCCCUUAUAUCAGGUGUCCCCAUCAGAGUGCCCCUUUACAUCAGGUGUCCCCAUCACAGUCCCCCUCUACAUCAGUUGUCCCCAUCAGAGUGCCCCUUUACAUCAGGUUUCCCCAUCAGUGUGCCCCCUUACAUCAGGUUUCCCCAUCAGUGUGCCCCCUUACAUCAGGUUUCCCCAUCAGUGUGCCCCCUUACAUCAGGUGUCCCCAUCAGAGUGCCCCCUUACAUUUGGUGUCCCCAUCACAGUCCCCCUUACAUCUGGUGUCCCCAUCAGAGUGCCUCCUUACAUCAGUGUGCCCCCUUACAUCAGGUGUCCCUAUCAGAGUGCCCCCUUACAUUUGGUAUCCCCAUCAAAGUGCCCCCCUUACAGCAGGUGUCCCCAUCAGUGAAUCCCCAGUAGGGUGCCCCUUUACAUCAGGUGUCCCCAUU